GCGGGAGGGCAUAAGUGAGAGGGAUAUGCAAGAGGGGGGAAAGAGGGUAAAGAAGAGGGGAAACGCAGGAGAAAUUAAUAAGAAGCGUCUAACGGAAUUUUCGAGAUGAGAAAAAUCGUGCGGGAAUUUCGUUCCAGAUGUAUCCGCGUUUUCGAAUGAUCGUUUCGAUGUCAAGGAGUGGAUCAACAAUACAUUCAAGUCGAGCGAAGCACAGGAUGACAAAGAUGCUUUUGUCACGGCACUGGUUAUGAAAUUGCAAUUGUACGUGCAACAAGUAAAUGGAGCUCUCGAAGAAACCAGUCAGUCGGUUCUUUCCGGACUGCCUAGAAUACUCAGAGACACUCAGCUUCUUCAGCAAGAAGCUUUAUCUCUCAAAGAGAAAAUGGUCACUGUCAAGCAGGAAAUUGCAAAGGUUGAAAAGGAUACAGCCACAUCGAUGACCACCUUGGAAAGACUGGAUAAAAUCAAAACAGAUUUGCAAGCUGCGAAACAAAGUCUUCACGAAGCAGAUAAUUGGAGUGUUUUGGCUAAUGACGUCGAAGAAGUUUUCGAAUCGGGGGAUGUUGAAAACAUUGCCACCAAACUUUUCAGCAUGCAAAAAUCCCUGUCAAUUUUAGUCACUGCUGUUGACUACGAGGAUAAAAAAAUGCAGCUUGAGGGCUUGAAAAAUCGUUUAGAGGCAAUGGCUAGUCCAAGGCUAGUUCAGGCAUUCACAGCCAAAAACAUGGAACAAUCUAAAGUUUACGUCAACAUCUUCAGCAAAAUGGAUCGUCUGCCACAAUUGCUCAAGUACUAUCACAAUUGUUCAAAAGUUUCUCUUUGUCAAGAGUGGAGACGGAUUACUGAGGUCGCUCAGGAUGAAACUGUCACAUAUUGGCUACACACUUUCUACGACAAAUUACUCUCUGAAUGGAAUGAUCAAGCGAAGUGGUGCAAUCAGGUAUUUCCAAAUACAUCGACAGAAAUUCUUAUGGAAAUCUAUGCCGACGUUUUAUCCUCUCUGGAUCCGAGCUGUGGCGAUUGCAUUAACCUUGCACUCAAGCAACAUUCAAAUGCCAUGCAAUUAUCUCUCCUUCUCGAACUGAAGCAAAUGACACGACAUUUCGCUGUUAAUUUGAACAACGCUGUAGAAAAUUCAAAUCAGCGAAAUACUUCAGAAAUCAAACUCGAAAAUCUUGCCAAAGCUAUUUACGCGCCGUACGUUCCGUAUGUGACCAAAUACAGCACUUAUGAGAGUGCACAACUUGUCCAACAACUAAAUUCCAUAGAAUUCGUUCACGACGAUCUUAGCGAUACCAUUAAUUCUUUAUCUCUGAGCAUUUCACGAGUUAUUGAUUACGCUAAUGAGGCUAACAAGAGAUGCAAACUUUUUACCGAUGGUUGCGGUUACCCUGGCCUUUUGAAAGCCCUCAACGUGUACUUGAAUCAGUAUCUCGAAAAGUAUAGAUCCGGAGUGAGACAAUUGGAAAGAAGAAAAGUCAGACACGAAGAUUGGAAUUUGUUUCAAAUGUGUCUAACCCUGAUGCAGAGUAUAGGUGAGCUAUUAGUCCAUGUGGAGCAAUUUGAGAAAACCCUCGUAAUCAACAUUGUUGAAGCGAAUAACCAGCUGCAGAGUCCAAACGGUGGUGUUUUCAAGAGAUAUAAAAAUUUGCUUUUGAAUUCGAGCGGUCGUUCUGAACUCGAGAAUUUAAUAGCGUCUCUUCAACAAGAGGACAAAACGAUUAUGGAUCCGAUAAUCAAAGCGAUACACAAACUUUGUGCCGAUUUGCACUUGACGACUUACGAGGUGAUAUUCGCACCGAUAUUCACUCAACUGCUUCUCGUACAAAAAGCUCCAGCGUGGACAACCGAAAAUGGCAAACCAUCGAAUUUGAGUUCAGACUUGCCGGAUUACAGUUUCGCGCCUCAAGAAUACAUAACUCAAGUUGGGCAAUAUUUAAUGACGUUACCUCAACACUUGGAGCCCUUUUUGCUGAGGGAUAAUCCGAGUUUGACCCACGCUUUGAGGGCUGCUGAUCCUCAAUACACUCAAGGCUCUACGGAGUCCGGCUUCACUGAUAUUCUCUUGGGAAUUAUCGCCAAAGGAACUUGUCAAAUGUUCCAGGAUCAAAGUUUAGGAAUUUGUGAAUUGAAUGCUGCAGCUUGUAAACAAUUAGCUACGGAUAUCGAUUACCUUGGCAAUGUGCUGGAAGAACUGGGCCUAUCGCUAUCAGAACAUUUGCAGCACAUGAAAAUGCUACUGAGAUUGACACCAGAAGAUUAUCAGUCCGGUAGCUCGGGAUGCAACCCCCGAGUUGUUGCAGCAGUCAGACAAAUGCGAAAUAUCGCAUCUUCUGGCUAAAAACCUCGGUUAUGGGAUCUUUCAUUUUUCCAAUCCUCUGUAUAUUACAUGAUGGGUGACAUCACAAACCAAAUUUGACUUUCGAGUAUUUGAGUUAUCUCCUUUGAAGCAUGACGCAUUUAACUAUUCGACGGGUUAAUUUAAUACUUUGUUGUUUAAGAACAGUUUGAUAAUGUAAAUAUUAAUAAAUUUCGAAAAUCAGAAUAAAUCCUGACUCUUGAAAUAA